AAUCGCCAAACAAAAUCAACAAAGAAUUAUAACUCAAUUUAAAACGAUAAACACAGAUUUUUUACCAAAAUGAUGACAAACGUUAGCGGCGAUGUUGUGGUCGAUGCUUUACCAUAUAUUGAUCAAGGAUAUGACGACCCUGGCGUUCGAGAAGCGGCAUUGUCCAUGGUUGAUGAAGAAUGUAGAAGAUAUCGGCCGACUAAGAAUUAUUUGGAUCAUUUACCACCUCUAAAUUUAACAGCUUUUGAAACUGAUAUAAUGCGUACGGAAUUCGAACGAAUGCAAAACCGACUACCAAUGGAACCUCUAAGUAUGAAAAGAUAUGAGCUACCACCACCACCAAGUGGUAAGUUAUCUGAUUAUCAAGCUUGGUCUGAAUGUGUUGAUAAUUCAGCAGCUCAAUUAGAACAUCAGGCCACUAGGGUAUUAAAUUUAGAGCUAAUGCUCGAAUAUGGAUGUGAAACAUGGAAAGCCUAUCUGGAAUUUUUAAGUAAUAUGCUUAAUUCAGCUCAAGGAGAACUUCAAGCCUUAAGAAAAGAAAUCCAAGAAGUAAAUUGGCAAAGAAAAUCUUUACAAACAAUGGGUGGUGAAAAAUUAAGAGCUCUAGAAUCACAGUGGGUCGCUUUAGUUUCUAAGAAUUAUGAAAUAGAACAAGCAUGUGUUGAACUGGAGCAAAAAAUCAGUGAACAUAGAAAUUUACAUAAAAUAGAAAAUGAGUCUAAUACUAAUUCAGAAGAUAAUCAAUUAAAUGAAAAACCUACAGUUCAGGAACAGACAUCAACAAACAAUGUUCAAAAACAUGGGACAGCUAUAAAUGAAAAUGUUUUAGAGAAAACUAAUACUGAAAGCAAAACAGAAACAGAUAUAUUUGAAGAUUCAUCCAAAUAA